UUGUGUGUGAAAGGGUGGUCUGUGCGAUGGAGCUCCCAGGGAUGCACGGUGCUGGCUCCGUCGAUUGAUGUGCGCAUUUGUAGAGGCCGUGGAGAAGCUCAGAGAGCGACCGACGUUUUAGCCCAGCAACAAGCAGCCAGUUCGCAUCGGUGGUCUGUAGGAUCUAUCAUCUUGGACAACCCGUCUAUAUUGGUGAGCAAGCAAGAAGUCGGCAGGCGUGUGGGAGCUGCGAUCGGCUUUGGAAUUGGAUCCUUCAGCACUUGGAAAAUGGAGGGCGGAGGCGAAGCAAAUACGUGAGACCAGGCAAAAAGGACGAACGGUGCAAAACUAGAUGGCAUGCGACCCAGGGCCUCUUCCAGGGGAGGGACGUUCAGGGAGCUCUCUCUGGUGACGUGCAAUGCAUGAUGCCUCUGCUCGUAGAAGUUUUUCAAUGGCUCUUAUUGCUGACUCUGCUAAAUGAUGCAAAAGGUGUGUGCCACAUGGAGUUCGACAGCCUGGCGGGAAAGUACGGCAACUUCUCGUCACCGCGUUACCCCGAACCGUAUCCAAACAACGCUCAUUGCUACUAUCUCUUCAAAGGACAGGAGUCAGAAACGCUCAAGAUCACCUUCUUGCACUUCGACCUCGAGCCGCCAUUUUCUAAAGGGUGUCUGAAUGACUUCGUGGACAUCAACACGAUUAGCGUGACGAACGUGAAGCAGCUCGUGGGUCGUUAUUGCGGGACCGAUGUCAUUGUUCCGCUUCUCACGAUGAAACCCCGAAUGGAAAUCAUCUUCAAGACAAAUCACGCAAAGGAACGGACGGGAUUUUUCGGCACUUACGAGUUCACGGACGAGAGCUUCAUCAACCCGCCGCCAUCAACGAAGAAUAUUUCAGGCUGCGGAGGAACCCUUUCAGGCGUCGGAGGUGACCUCGUCUCCCCAAACUACCCUGACAGCUUUCCAAAAGACGCUGAUUGCAACUGGCUCAUCCGUGUCGACUAUGACAAGCACAUCUACAUCAGAAUCCUCGAGUUACAACUGAAAGGGAGCAUUGCGAAUUGCGGCGAAGCUGAGUUGGCUAUCUACGACGGCUACUCGAACCUUGACGUGAACCCAGUAUUGCUGAAGCGCUACUGCGGCGACCUUAAAUAUUACAAAAACACGGAGGAAAAAACACAGCUCUCCAGAAGGAAUAGGAUCCUCGUCAGGUUACGAACAACGGUACACUCUCCGAUUAAACAGCCAGGCGAAGUCAUAGGUUUCAAAUUGGUGUGGACUGCUGUGACAUUCGAGCCCACCGGGGCUUGCAAGGAGUACACCUGUCCAAAAGGCCAGUAUUGCAUGAAUUCGGAGACAAGGUCCUGCACAGAAACGAGACAGUACUGCAUCGACCGUUCGCUCGUCUGUGAUGGGUUGCCGAACUGCAGCGGAGAAGACUACAGUGACGAAGACAAAUGUAACAUUCCACUGCUUGCCGGCUGCGGAGCAGGGGCUGGUGUUGUGCUGUUGUGCGUGGUGAUGGCCAUGGUAUUGUGCCGAAGACACUCCAGGAAAGUGAGCGGCGACCCUUCAGCGGCAGACUUGGACAUGCAGUUGCGGCAGCUAGAACACAGCCCUACGUGCGCUGUUGCCAGACAACCGCCCUUCUACCCCGACCACAUCAUGAACUGCAGCGUCCAUGGCGGCACAGGUGUUCAUGUCCACCCACAUCUCAUGCACUCAAAAAAGCUGCGCCGAGCUCCAACCGAUGUCUGAUAACGCAGAUAGCGUUCUGCUCAGGAAAAGAGCGUGACAGGCUCAAGUUUAAUUACUUUACAAGUUGCCAUAACCUGAGUCAUGCAUGGAUGCAUGAGUAAUAUGUUAAAGUGAGUCUGUUGCUUUUAAACUACUACCAUUCAACUGACCAAUAUUAAGGGACCACAGGUCUCGACCUCCUUCUUUCAAUGUUGUACUGCUGUCACAUGUUCUUUGUUCGAAAGUAAUAGAGAUGAGAGGUUUUACUUUCUUAGCACGGCGCUAAUUAUCCAACAAAAAUGAGCUUGAAAAUAACCGAUACACGAAGGAAAAUUAUUGCAUUGAGUAACCGAUUCGUUUUCUAGAAAUACCACCCCCUCUCGACUCCUUAAUAUUACUUAAAACACAGUUGGUCGCCAGUAGUGGACAGUGAACACUGUCCUGUGUCUAGACUAUGAAAUGAUCGGUUCCAGAGCACUGUGCAUCGAAACGUGAAAAAGAAAUUCCUCAAUGAGUGGGGGGGGGGGGGGCAAAAAGAUGACAUUGUUGUCGUGCCGUGUCCAGCCUAAUUUCUGACAUCUGUUGAAAGCAUGACCACGAAUUGCCAUUAUUUAUCACUUCCCUCUGUGAACAAUAUAGAUGGGUACUGCUGCACACGUUCAGUGACAGGUCUCAUCCGUUUGCCGUAAAUGGAAAAAUCAAUAGGGAAACUCGGCGCCUGUGCAGUGCCGCAUACUGUGUCCGCUAAUGACCACCGUGUUGUUUCAAACGUUGCACGUUUCUUUGCGCUUUGCUAUAAUCUCUCUCCCAAUCGCACAUCCCCUGUUCUGCAGUGCUGCAAUGGUAUGUCACGCGACGUGUGCAAAAAUUCAGAAUAUCAACUAUGCACUGUAGCACUAUCAUUGCACAUGUAGCUUACUUAACCCGUGUAAUAGGUUAUAACGCUGGAGUUGACGUGUGCACCACUAGGACUGUCUUCACAACGUGGCUUGAGUGUGUCAGUAGGACUCUGUCUCCGGUUCCCAGUCGGUCUCAAGGUACAGUGUACUAGGAUGCACUUCCUGUCAUCUGACAUUACAGAAUCGUCAUAUAGACAUGUUUCACAAUUGCUCGUCUUCAUCAAUCCUACUAUGGUACGAGCACUGAGUAAUACAUAUCCCUAGUUCUGCAUUGCUGUGUCAAGUAGAAAGCGAUACCGAUAAUCGAAAGCCGCACAACAAUGACAUUGAUAUGUGAACGGAAGCCUAAUAGGCAUGUCUGCAACAUAGGAUCACACAUGAUCUCCAACGAGGUGGGUCUCGGAUAUCAUUUGACGUGAACCACCCAGGACUACGUGUUCUGUACGUGACGGGGAAGUAACAUAAAAUUAAUUUCAAAUUUUAACAAGUAUGACAUGACGAUGCGAGAUCCUCCUCCCGCCUAGCAACAUUGCUCGUCCAAGGGAAACCUCCACAGGGACAUCCUCGAAGUGCGUACCUGCCCUCAAGCGAUCGCUUCUUGCAUUAUUGACAUGUUUUUCCUGCGCACACGUCAUAUACUCGUACCGUUAGGCAGAGGCCAGGUUCAUGCUAAUCAGUAACAAAACGAAUAAAUAAAGAGACGAAUGCAUUUUGCCAGUGUAAAAUAUAUGAUACUUCUUGGGCGACAUUGCAGCAUCCUGCCUAGAAGCAUGAGUGCAUCGCGUCGGUUGAGCAAGUGCCGUUGCCGAUAUCACAUGUUUGGGAGUAGUCAGCGGUACAAGGCCUCAUUUCAAAAUCGGCGUGUCGUGGGGAUAUGGGACAAAACAAAUCGGCGAGGUCAAAAGAGAAGCAACAAUCGCGUUUUUUCGUCACUACUGUGUUUAUGGUUACGUGUACGAUGACGUUUUCGAUGACGUGUGACCAGGACGUGUCUAGAAAGCGGCCUGUCCCUUAUCGGCCGAUACUGGCAGGCCAACUCAGUUCCAUCGCCUGGCCAGAGCCCGUAGAAAGUUGCCUGUGACGUGAGGAGAAGACUGCGAAUAUACCGAAAUAUGGAGGUUUGCUGGUUCACUCAAAAAUUGGGAGAAUCGCCCGCUGUCCAAAUCAUAUUUAUUCUUCAAACUAAGUUCUUACGUCGUGUUGUUAUACGCGAAAUAAAAUAAAUAUUUUUUGUUCGGGGUUGCGGGGUGGUGCAAGUGGUAAGGCUCCACACUAAAACCUAGUGUUAUCCCUAUGCAAAGUCUCGGUUCGAUGAAGAGCUCACCUUCAUGACGUGGUCCUCGAUCCAGUCACUGUUGUUCAAACUUGUCAAUAUUGAGUAGGCAUAAUGGGCUCACAAGACAUAUCGACCUUUCAGUGAUGAGUCCAGUGCUGAGGUAGUGCAACCGGUAGUGGUAGUGCACUGAGCAGUGCUGCGGUAGCGCAACUGUGGUAGUACACUGAUAGUGCAACCUGUGUUGCUCUGUCGGUUCGCCAUUUUGACCAACUUUCAACCUUCAUAGCAGGGAAUCGUCCUCUCGAGCAAUGGAAUAGUUAAACUGACGGAGCUUGAUCCUUUCAUAAUGGUACGCAAUCAAGCCUGGCAACAAAAUAGUGAGAUUAGUUUUGCGCACAUUUAUAACAUUAGUGUGUGAAUGCGUUUCCACUUUGCCGUUUAAUGUGCUGUUUUCAACUGUGAGAACAUUUAACGCGCUGAAUUGUUGAUAAGUAUGGCGUGCAGCCAGAAACAGAGCACAGAACUGUAUAUACUAAUAUUAAAAAUGCGUUCCUAAAACUACGGUCGUACUAGCGUAACGUAGUUCAGUUUACAACGUUUUUACGCAGACGGUUGUUAGAGCGCACGUUUGUUAGCGCUUCCAUAAUGUUUCCCAAAUGUUCCUUUCCGCCUAAUAAGGCAGGCUGGGGAAAUAUACAUUAUUACCACUAAUACUAGUUAAGGUCCACUGAAGUUAACACCGUAGCAAGGUAGGGGUACACUGGCACGGUUUCGCGUGAGGUAAUGAGGGGCACUGCCAUAAUCAUGGAGUGCCCCGUUCAGAAAGACAAGGAUGUCGAUUCACUUUGGCCACGUUCUCUCUGAUAUUUUCUCUCCACGCCCUCUUCCACAUACAUAUGAAGAGACACAGGCAGACGGCAUUUUUUCAGAGGCUGAAUCAAUGGGCUUGAUUGAGUCAGCGUCUGCAAUUUACGUCCCAAUCACAAAAACGUCUAGCAAUUGAUAGUCCAAAACCUAUCUGCGAAUGCGCACCAAAGUAGUACGAUGCCGUGCUUUGCCAAAAGGCAAAGUUCCCCUUCGAGGACGUCGCAGUCCACGCACACGUCAACGGUGGAAAUCACGACAAAUCACGUCGUCUUUGGCCGUGGUUCCAGCGCCCGAGUUCUCGUUCUAUCAUAAAAGAAGAGCGAGAUAUCGCAACGCUUGUGCCAUGGCCGUGCCUUAGCAACGGGACAUUACUCUCGACGUCUUGUCAGAUGUGUGAAGGGGAGGGUACCGAGAAUACUGGGCGGAUUUUUUUACACGGUAAGAAUCGGUUUGGUUUUGCAAAACUCCCAGUGUCAGCGGGAUAAAUGUUCAAAUUCAAUGCCCGCUCAAAAUGCACUGUGUUGUCCGGGACAUCAGUGUUUUUCGAUCCAGUUUUUUGUUCAAAAGGUCAGCAGGGCCCCACGAAAAAAAUUAUAUACCAAAAUAUGCAUAGGGCCCUAGACGUCGAACCCAACUUUAUACUUAAAACCAGCAAGGGAUACACUUAAGGCGAAUUCUGUUGGCCAUUGUCGUACAGUGCAAUGUAGUCUGUCGGUGUAGAUUGAAAGUAGAAAUGAAGAUUGAAGGAAACGACGAAUGAAUGAACGCGACGCACGUCGGAUUGAAGCAACCAGUGUAACAUGCACGUUCGAGUGUUUGUAAAUUUUUCUACAGUGCAACAUCCAGUGGUUUUCGCCACUAGUUUUCAAUGGGUCCUUUGGUUUCGCCAAGAGUCAUGUUACGCACCCUCUUAACCUGGAUUUUAUCGGGGAACGUGUCCUUACCACCAGUGGAUAGGUGCUUGGCGCUUCCACCCGAACGUGCUACGGCGUAGUGGUUGUCCUCCAUGCCCCCUUUUUCGUGUGGUCUGUACACUUCGCCCUUGUGAAGCAGGAAGUGUUGUAUAUUCUGCACGGAUGUAUCGUUACAUACCUCUCCACUAGUAGGAUGUGUCAAAAUUAGGCAACAACACUGCCGACUUGAAGUGCCUUAGCUAUAUCCUCCACGCAUAGGCAAGAAGCACAGCGUCCUUGCACGCAGUGUCCUCUGUUUUCUUGAAUUGUGUCAGGUACUCGAUAAUUAGUCGACACAUUAGUAAGUAGAACAUUAGCACGAAGUAGCGCAAAAGCAAAAGUGCUUCAUUUGUGCACGUGGAAGUUAUCAUCACGCGCCUUGUAAACCACAGAGCACUGUUAUGCCUGCUUCGAGCAUUUCUUCACUUAUCAUUGUAUUGUAUUUAUGGAAGAGGCUGCUACUGCUGAUUUCGUGAAGGCAUCACACUUCAUUGCAGCAAAUGAGUGUUCACAUGUGGCGAAGCACCUGUAGAAUGAUUGAGUAGUGGAACACAGUUUAUUCGUGUAUUUCAUUUCCUUGCUGAGAUCUUCCUGUUGUAAGCACCACCGGCAGAAGUGAUAACAAUAAAAGUGAU